AUGGACGCACACGGCGCCGCGCUCGCGGCGCCCGCGGGGGCGGAGCAGGAAGAGGGAAGCGGCGGCGGCGGCCACCACGCGCGCGGGACUGCCGGCGGCGAGGACAGGGCGCGCAAGGGGGCCGGCUCGGGCGGCGGCGCGAACGGCGCAGAGGGCGCCAGCGGCGGCGGCGCGGCGGCGGCGGCAGCGGCGGCGCCAGCUGCGCCUGGCCCUGGCCAGGGGCAGGGCCAGGGCCAGGGCGUUGACGCGGACGGCUUCAGCCGGCAGCUGCAGCAGAUAUUGAAUGCGGACCUGACCGCGGCGGCGCUGGCGCAGGGCACGCUGGACAACAUCCCCCUGGGGCCGCUGGGCACGCUGAUGCCGCUGCUGCAGAUGGCGGGAGUGCUGAACGACCCGGCCAUCAAGGCGGCGCUCAAGCAGGUGCGUGAGGCCCAGGAGGCGAUGGUGGUGUUGGACCGCUGCCACGCGCUCAAGGUGCAGGCCAUACAGAAGGAGUACCAGGACUUCAUGGAGCGGAUUCGCAACAAGGCGCAGGGCGCGAUUGACAGCGCCAACAGGGAUUACCAGUCCAAGAAGACCAUCCUGACCGCGCGCAUCAACGUGCUCGUGGACUACCUCAACCAGGGCGUGCCAGUCCAGCAGCUGCAGCAGCUUGCGGCCCAGGUGCAGCGCGCCCAGAUCGCCGGCGCCGCCAGCGCCGAGGAGGCCGCCAUGAUCAUCGCCGCCGCGGCCGCAGGCGCGCCCGGCGCCACGGGCGCGGGCGCCCCCGGUGCUGAGCAGCUGCUGGCGGCGCUGGCGGCCAGCCAGGGGCGCGUGAACCUGGAUGCGAUGCCGGAGCCGCUGCGCGGCCAGCUGGUCGCGGCCCUGCAGGCGCAGCAGGCCGCGCACCAAGCGGCGGUCAAGCAGCAGCAGCAGCAGCAGCAGCAGCAGCAGCUCCACCAUCACCACCACCAGCAGCAGCAGCAGCAGCAGCAGCAGCAGCAGCACCAACAGCACCAGCAGCACCUGCUGGCAGCGGCGGCGGCGGCGCCUACCGUGGUGACGCCCAAGUCUGUGGCUGCGAAGCAGCAGCAGCUGGCGGCUGCGGCGGCGCUGGCGUCCGCGGGGCUCACGCCGCCGCUCAAGGCCCCCACGGCGCCCCCGGCGCUGGCCGCAGCGGCCGCUGCGGCGCAACAACAGCAGCAGCAGCAGCAGCACUUGCUGGUCCCAGGCGGCGCACAGACUCUGCUGCUCCAGCAGCAGCAGCAGCAACAGCAGCACCACCAACACCAACAUCAUCAGCAGCAACAGCAACAGCUGCUGGCUACGGAGCAGCAAAGGGUGGUUCUCGGUCGCGGCGGCCUCAGCCUCAUGCCGGCAGACGCCAAUCAGGCCUUGCACCAGCAAGAGCAGCAGCAGCAGCAGCAGCAGCAUGCGGUUGUGCCAGGGGUGCCGCUGCCGUCUGAGCUGGGUGGCCGGCCUGGGUCGCGCGGCGGAUCAGCAACGCCGUUGGACGAGCAGCCCGCGGCCAUGGACACAGACCCUGCCACAGCUGCCGCCGCUGCCGGUCAAGGGCUCGUCCACGGCCAGGGCUCUGCCGAGCAGGCUGCGCUUGCGGCUGCUGCAGCCAUUGCAGCGGCAGAAGCGGCGGCGGUCGCCGCGGCGCGCGCGUCGGCGGCGCAGGCCCAGGCGUGGGCGCCGCCGCCAGCGGCGAUGGAGAUUGAGUCGCCUGCCGGCGGCGGCUCGUACACAGCUGCGCUCGCAGACGCAUUGGCCAACACCCCGCCUGCGCCCAGCCUGUCGCCCGCCCCAGCAAGUGGGCCGGCAUCAGCAGCGGUGCUUCUGCAGCAGCAGCAGCAGCAGCAGCAGCCCGAGGCGCCAGCGUCGUCACCCCCCCAGCAGCAGCCAGGCGCGGCCCCCGCGGGCCUGGCCACCACGCCCGAGGCCCUGGGGGCGCAGCAGCUCGGCGCCCCGCAGCCUGUCGGGCCCUUUGCGCCCGCGGGGCCGGCGCGCGUUAACAGCCUCAACGCGUGGCUGGGCCCAGGGCAGCCACCAGCGCCGCGGGUGGCGGUGCCUCAGGUGGUGGCCGGCAACAGCAGCCCGACCUUCGCAGUGGGGGCUGGCGUCGCUCAGGGGGGCAGCCCCAACGCGCUCAGCGCGGCUGCACACCAGCAGCAGCAGCAGCAUCAACAGCAGCAGCCCCAGGAUCAGCAGGCGGGUGGCAACAGCAUGGGGCCGCCGCCGCCGCGGCGGACGCCCCCCCCGGCGCCCGGGGUGCACUAA